AUGCAGCUGCGAGCACAGGAGCAUGAUUCUCAGCAGCAAGACCCAGGCGCCCUCUUCGCCCCGCUUACUACCCCCGAGCGUCGGGCAGCAGCAGCAGCGGCAGCAGCGGCUGCUGCUGCUGCAACACCAGCUGCUGCUGCUCCCGCUGCAGCAACAACACCUGCAGCUACUGCUUCAGCAUCGCCCGCACACUCAGAGCCAUCAGAUGCAGCACACCAGCAGCAGCAACAGCAGCAGCAAAAGCAACAGCAGCAACAGCAGCAGCAAGAGGCGAACGAAGUUGCUCUUGAUGAAGCAGCAGAAGUUUUGCUAGACCAAUGGCUGCCGCCUGCUGCACCUCCUGCUCUGUGGCUCUGCAUGCGCGCUGCUGCUCGCUUGCUGCUGCUCUCCAUCUUGCUGUCCUUACUCCUAGCGAAUGUCUCAUUGUCGUGGCUGCUAGGGGUUUUGCUGCUGCCGCCUCUCUUUCUGCUUGUGCCCCUCUUCCACGACCCUACGCAACAGCACCGGAAGCAGCUGCAGCAGCAGCUGCAGCAGCAGAAGCUGCAGCAGAAGCAGCAGCAGGAAGGGCAGCAAAAGGCUGGCACGGUGCAGCAGGGAGAGAUGCGUGGAGAAAGAGACAAGAAAGCAGCAGCAGCGGAAGCAAGCAGCAACACAGCAGCAGAUGCGGCAGACGUUCUGCGGCAACAACUGAAGCAGCAGCAGCAGAAACACAGGAGACUGCUGCUGAGGAAGGCAGCACUGGUGCUGCUCACUUGUCUGCUGCUUCUGCUGUUCUGCGACUUUGAAGCUCUAACGGAUUUAAGGUCUCGUCUUUUAGCAGCAGCAGCAGAAUACGCGGGGUUUGCUGCUGCUGCUCUGAGUGGCAGCAGAAACCCUUCGCCAGAGCUGCUGCUGCAGUGGCUGAGCUCUGGCGUGCUCCAGCAGCAGCAGCAGCACGCGAUGCCUUUCGAUGCAGCAGCAGCUGUUGCUGCUGGAGACGCAGCAGCGCCAGCCUUUGCUGCUCCUGUUGCUGCUGCUGCUGCUGUUGGUCCUACCGCCUGGAGGGUACAAGCAGAAGAUGCUGCAGCGGGGGGUAUCUGGGUGCAGCAGCAGCAGCAGCAGGGGAGGCAGAGGACGCAGCAGCUGCAGCAGCUGCAGAAGCAGCAGCUGCAGAAGCAGAAGCAGCAGCAGCAACUGCUGCUACAAUAA